CCGUGGUAGGCAUGGUACGAACUACACAUCGCUGACUUUUUCCGUACGACCAGACGUAACUUUGUUUGGGAAGAAACUUGUGCUUUAUUGUAAUCUAGAUAAAUUGAGAUCCAAUCAUGUGUAAUUGUUAGAGUUGGACAAACUAGUGGUUUCACCAGCGGAUGUUAAAAUCUUCACGGCACUUAUCAUCUGACCAAAGAAAAGUCAUCUGAUUUGGCUUUGAUUUUGGGAUGGCAGAAGCGCAGCAGCAACAGUUGGUUGACAUCGACCCAGAUUUCGAGCCUCUUUCCCGACCGCGUUCAUGCACCUGGCCGCUGCACCGACCCGAAUUCAACGAGCCGGGGAGCUCAAACACAUCCUCCCCGGCGCCGUCCGUCAAGCCGGAGCAAGGCAUUGUGGACUUUAUUAACAGUUUAAGUUUACUAGAGGAGACCGAAGACUACACGGAGGAGAAGCCCGUUCUGUUGUGUAACGACUUCCACUGCCAGGACAACUGCGUUCAUCCCCAGCAACAGCUUUCGGCGGCGUUGCAUCCACAGCAGCCGAAUCCCCAGUUGACGCACCCUCAACAGGUGCCGCCGCUCCCCGCCCCUGCCAGCAGCUCCAGCCCCGCAGCGGCCCAGAGGAAGAGCAGCUCGUCUCGUAGGAACGCAUGGGGGAAUAUGUCAUACGCUGACCUCAUCACCAAGGCGAUCGAGAGAUCCCCUGAGAAGCGGCUCACCCUGUCUCAAAUCUACGAGUGGAUGGUUAAGAGCGUGCCUUACUUCAAAGAUAAGGGCGACAGCAACAGCUCAGCCGGCUGGAAGAACUCAAUCAGACACAAUCUGUCCCUGCACAGUCGUUUUGUGCGGGUGCAGAAUGAAGGAACGGGGAAGAGCUCGUGGUGGAUGCUGAACCCUGAAGGGGGCAAGAGUGGCAAGUCUCCACGCAGGAGAGCCACGUCCAUGGACAACAACAGCAAGUUUACAAAGAGCCGAGGACGAGCGGCCAAGAAAAAGAUGACCAUGCAAGGUGGACUCGAUGGCGGUUCUAACAGUCCUGGUUCUCAGUACCCAAAAUGGCUCGGCAGCCCCAGCUCUCACAGCAAUGACGAUUUCGAACCCUGGACCACUUUUCGUACACGCGCCAGCUCUGAUGCCAGCACGCUCAGCGGACGCCGUUCACCCUUCCUACCUGAGGAGGACGAGGCCGGCGAGAUCCACAUCGGAUACCCGGGCACCAAACUAGGCCCCCUGCCCAGCCUCUCCGAAAUAACAGGUUCCCUGGUUCACCAUGGAUCUGAGAGCGUGAUGAUGGAUAAUUUGUUAGACAACCUCAACAUUAUUUCCCCCAAAAGUAAUGGGCAGGGAAGCCAAGACGCCCAAUCCACACUGUCCUCACCCAUGAUGCAAGGUAGCCCCGGGUAUCAAUCUUACAACUCGCCCCAGCAGGACUAUCGAAAAUGCCUGUAUGGACAGGGUCCCAUCCCCAUACCAACAUUAUCAGACAGUAAACCGGGGGGUUACGGACCUUUCACGGGCCAUUACAACUGCGCUCCAGGCCUGCUUAAAGAGUUACUGGCUGCCGAUGCUGAUCAUAGAAGAGACCGCAUGCAGUCUUUAGAAACCAUGGCCUCUCAGGUUGGAGACGGGGUGCUUGCUAGCUACGCUAGGUCAGGACAACUAGGACAUGGUGGGAAAAUUUUAAGCCCCCAUGCACACCCACACACACAUCCUCACCUCAACGCACACUCGCGACCGCUGCAUCAGAUGCCCUCGCCGCCGUUGGGCAUGAACGGGUGUACCCUGGUGCCCCACGUGCAUCCUGGUCGUCUUGGUAACAUGAAGCCUCACCUGCCUCACAAUCAUCCUGCUCACCUGGGAAGAGGUGGAGGAGAAGUAGGGUUGCCAAGUUACACCAACGGCAACGGCUUUCACAGACAUGGAACGGUUCAUCACCACCUUCAUGGUCAUCCAGAGCGGUUGCCCAGUGACUUGGAUGACAUGUCGAUUGAGCAGCUAGAAUGUGAUGUAGAGACUGUCCUUCAUGACACACUUAUGGAUGGCGACGCCCUGGACUUCAACUUUGAUCCUAUGAACAUUCAACAGAGUUUCCCUCACGGGGUGAAGACAAGCACGAAUAACUGGGUAUCUGGAUAGAUAUUAAGUCAAAUAAUAUUACAUCUUUAUGAUGAUGAUUUGAUUUGUUAUCACAUUGUUUUCAAAGCACUUAAGAUAGUCCCCAAAAAUAUAUGGACAAUAAAACAAAACAUGGCAACGUCCUUCCUUGUGUUAAAAAAGACAUUAAUGUGUCUUAAAAAUGUAUGACCGUCUUUGCAUUAAAUAACAAAAUAUCAAAACAUUUUGUUUGAACAUUUAACAACCCUUCGCAAGAAAAAUCUUUUAGAAAAUUGGUUUGUUAGGGCAUAUUGUGAAAGUAUUUAGCAAUUUUAUAGUCUUUGUGUAGGAUGCCUGAAUUAAUUUGGUGAAGUACACAACUGAGCUUUUUUAUUUUUUGCCAAUUUUUCCGCAAAACAUGGCCUAAGAACCAAGACCAAAAAAUAAGUUUUAAGGAACAUGGCGAAAGGAACUUGACAAACGUUUAUUUUGUUGUUGUCUAUGCAGUGGAGUUCAUUCUGUAUAUUUUCAGCAUCACUUUAGUGUGCAAAGUGUCCAUAUACUUUUGGGAACACUGUAUGUGCUAAUAUACAUGUAAAUGUCAUAGACACCAGAUCAAUGGACAGUUGACCAAUGCAGUUCUGUAAGUUAUGGGCUGCAUAUAUUUUAUAGCGUGUUGAGAGAUACAGAUUUGAAACUUUCCUACCCCACAAGUGUUCUGUUUUUGCCAUGUACUUUUCCAAAAGAAAAUAGUAAAGCCAGUGUUGGAUCACUCAUCAUUGUGAGCCAAUGAGCAGAUUCACGUCAUAGUAGCUUUCCGCUCUUACGGGCAAGUGUGACAGCUCAUGUCUGCUUCGGAAACAUUACCAACAUGUUUCAUUUUAGUUCUCUCUUACCGCUCGAACUCUCUUUCCUCCCUGUUUCAUUUCUCAUUUGCAUUUACCUCAGUCUGAACUUCUAAGUACAAAAAUGUACGAAAGGCUCCGUUAUUGUCAGGAAUCAAGUUUUAGUAUGUACAUUCAGACUAACCAAAAGCAAAACCAAAUUUGUGGUUUUGUAACAAUUUAUUUUGUAAUUUUUUUGUUUCAUUGGUCUCUAUUCUGCAUUGAAUUUUAGUGAUGUACAGUUCUGUGUAUCAUGUAAACUGGAGUGUAUGUAAAUGAAUGAUACAUUACAGAUUAAUCAUUUUCACAUUCGAUGGUGAUGAAUGAAUGCCUUUUGUACAGAGAUGUAUAUUUUGUUGUACCAAUGAGAUGGUAAAUGAAAUGUUUCUAUAAGUAAAUUUCAGCUUCUUGUCAGUUUAAAUGUUUUCUCCAAAGAUUUUUCCUCUCAUCCAAGCCUUUAAAGUCUAUAAAAAUAUAUUGUGGCCUUUGCUGUAUACAGUAAAUAUAUAAUGGGCGGUUUUCUCAAAAUGCUUCAUAAAAGUCAAAGCUAUUCUUUGUAAUAUUGAAGUAUUUAAUCAUCUGUCUAAAUGUGUUCAGAUCAAUGACAUGUUCCUUUGUUGUGUUAGAUUUUGUUAAAAUUGUGAAUUCUCAUUGAAAGACACAGAGUUCAAGACUACUUAAGGCUAAAUUUGAUUCUAAAAGACUUCUUAAAAUGUUUUAAUUUUCGUUUUUGACAGUGAUUAUAUGAUAAUUUAGUGUCAUUUAAGAUUGUUCCCUCUGUGUUGUUGUCUUAAAUUUGAAAUAUCGCUGCAAAUGCAAAUGCACACACGUUGCAUUGUAACUGCAUAUCUACAAAAUAUUUAAUGCUUUGAGAUUUUAUAUCCCAACAGUGAGGAGAACCAUGAAGGGUUUGUAAAUUAUAAAAAAUAUUUUUAACAUAUGCAUAUAUUUUUCACAGCUGUUCAACAAGUACCCACAACCUGCAUUUUAUAGUCAUUUUAGACUAUGAAUAUUACAAAUGUUCUUGUUUAUUUCAUCUGUAUAUUUAUGUCACUGAAUUUGUGUAAUUUCAUUUUUGUCUAUUUGUGUGGAUAGUUUGACAUGUAAAUGGUGUUGAUUUUGCCUUAUUUAAAAACCACAUUGACUAGUUUUGUCUAAUUUCUUUAAUGUAUGAUUUAGUCUCUAAAUGUGUUGGUGACAAUUUUUGUAUUUGCUGAUGCUGACAUUGCUCUCCGAUGUGAAGUGAUUGACAUGGGGGGUGGUACAGUUGUGAAUUUGAAACAAACUUAUCAUCCUUGAGUUCUUGUCAGAACCACAAUGCUUUUAUAGACUAGUUCAACAUGGAGGAAGUGCCUGAUAAUAAUGUAAUGUAAUAAAACAGCUAUGAAAAAUUGAUUCUAAGUUAACAUACAAACAUUUGCAGCUGUUAUAUCAAGCCAUAAUUGUAUAUAAAAGUAUGAA